AAGUGCAGUAUCAAAACAAACGAGUCACCGCCGGCGUCUAAAUCAACACAAACACCCUCAAGGAGUCUCAGGUAGCGGCACAAAACCCCACAUGUAUGCACGCAUUUUACCCUUUAAAGACACUCCUGCGACUGCAUUUAUUGUGAAAGUUGUGACUGCAAAUCUUCCAAAUACAAUCAUGUCACGAAAACUCCGCGCCAGCAGGACCGAAGGAGUCGAUAAAAACGUUUGGGUUGAAUUUACAGAGCUUGCAGCCAACUACAAAGUGGUCAACCUCGGGCAAGGCUUCCCGGACUUUGCUCCUCCUGAAUUUAUUCAAGAUGCCUUCCGCAAAGCUCUGAGUGGAGGUCCCACCAUGCAUCAGUACACACGUGCCUUUGGUCACCCUCCUCUUGUGAAGAGCUUGGCCAAAUUCUUCAGCGGGAUUUUCGCACAUGAGAUCGACCCUAUGGAGGACAUCCUGGUCACCGUUGGCGCCUACCAGGCGCUCUUCUGUGCUUUCCAGGCCCUAAUUGACGAAGGAGAUGAGGUGAUCAUCGUGGAGCCUUUCUUUGACUGCUACCAGCCCAUGGUGAAGAUGGCGGGUGGGAAGGCUGUCUAUGUUCCUCUGAGGCCAAGAGUGGAAAGUGGCGACGGCGUCGUGACAAGCGGCGACUGGGUCCUGUCCCCUGACGAGCUGGCUGCUAAAUUCACCCCGCGCACAAAAGCCAUCGUCAUCAACACGCCCAACAACCCGCUCGGGAAGGUGUACAAGAGGGCGGAGCUCCAGAUGAUCGCUGACUUGUGCGUCAAACACGAUGUGCUGUGCAUCAGUGACGAGGUGUACGAGUGGCUCACUUACGACGCUGCCAAGCACGUGAAAAUAGCCAGCCUGCCCGGAAUGUGGGAGCGCACCAUCACGAUUGGAAGCGCAGGGAAGACGUUCAGCGCGACGGGGUGGAAGGUGGGCUGGGCUAUCGGCGCCGGACCUGUCAUCAAUCAUAUGAUGACCAUCCAUCAGAACUCUGUGUACCACUGUGCCACGGCCGCUCAGGAGGCGGUCGCUCGCGGCUUUGAGCGAGAGUAUGAGCUUUUUGGCUCGGCGGAUAGCUACUUCCAGCAGCUGCCCGCCGUGUUGCACCACAAGAGGGAGAAGCUGGCCAAGUGUUUGGAGAGCGUGGGUUUGAAGCCCAUAAUGCCAGAGGGCGGCUACUUCAUGAUGGCGGAUAUCUCCUCUGUCAAGGUGGACCUCAACGACCAGAGCACCAUAGACGAAUGCUACGACUUUAGAUUCGUCAAAUGGUUAAUUAAAGAGAAGGGUUUAGCGACCAUACCCGUGUCGGCCUUCUACAGUCCAGAGCACAGCAAAGAGUUUAACAAAUACAUCCGCUUCUGCUUCGUCAAGGAGGACGCCACCCUGGAGGCAGCACAGGAUAUCCUGAGAAAGUGGAGUCGCGGAGAAUACAUGUCUGACUCGAUACCUGCGAAGAAACCAAAAAUUAUGUUCACUCAGCCCGAGGAGAAGGUGGACUGGAGGAAAAGGAAAGCGCUAUUAAACGAAGCUAAGAGGCAAAGGAAAGCCGCCAAGCUCAUCAAACAGUUGGAAAGGGAGAAACAGGCUGUAGAGAAAGAGAAAAUUGAACAGGAGCAGAUUCUUAAAGGUCGUCCUUACACCGUGACUGUGGCUCUACCCGGUUCUGUCCUGGACAACGCUCAGUCGGCCGAGCUCCGGACCUAUCUGGCGGGACAGAUCGCACGUGCUUGUGUUGUUUUCUGUGUGGACGAGAUCGUCGUGUUUGACGAGCACGGGAAAGAUGCCAAGACUGUGGAAGGAGAGUUUACCGGUGUUGGCCGGAAAGGACACGGUUGUAUUCAGCUUGCCAGGAUACUGCAAUACCUUGAAUGUCCACAGUAUCUGCGCAAGAUGUUCUUCCCAAAACAUCAAGACUUGCAGUAUGCAGGAUUGCUGAACCCUUUGGACAGUCCUCACCACAUGAGGAUCGAUGAGGAAUCGGAAUACCGAGAAGGCAUCGUCCUCAACAGGCCGCCUAAAGCAGGAAAAGGCUCUUUUGUCAACUGUGGGAUGAGGAAGGAGGUUGGGAUCGAUAAACAUCUGCAGCCGGGGCUGCGAGUCACUGUGCAGCUCAACAGCACACAGAAGCCAGAGAGCAAAAACUUCAAAGGGGUGGUGGUGGCUCCUCACGUGCCCAGGACCCAUGGUGGUCUCUACUGGGGUUACACGGUCCGCCUGGCGUCCUGCCUCAGUGCAGUGUUCACAGAAUGUCCACACAAGAACGGCUACGAUCUCAGCAUCGGAACGUCUGAAAAAGGCAGCCACGUAGAUGAGACCAAGCUGCCGCCGUUCAAGCAUCUUCUGUUGGUUUUCGGAGGCCUAGAAGGCUUGGAGGCCAGUUUGGACGCUGACCAAAACCUGAACGUGACGUGUCCCAGCGACCUCUUUGACCACUACAUCAACACGUGUCCCAGUCAGGGAAGCCGCACCAUUCGCACAGAAGAAGCCAUUUUAAUUUCCAUGGCAGCGUUGAGACCGAAGAUAGCUGCAGCCUUUUCCAAUAGUUAAAAGAAUGAAUGGAGUAAGGUGGAUAUGUAGGACUGCAGCGGGUACAGGAGGGUGGAUGAUGUAAUCAAAUUUGCAUAAUUGACAACUUUUAUGGGCGCUGUGAGAGUCAAAGUGGGCAAAAAAACAUGUAAAGAAUAGUUUGCUACAUUUAAAAAAAAAAAAAGAGGAAUCUGGAUAUUUGCUUAAUUUUGCAAAUCUGCCAAGUUUGCAACGCUCUUCUGCUAUGUCUUAUUCUCUCGCAGAAUAGCUGCUGAAGUGUUUGUAGGAUGGCCAUACACUGUACAGAGUUGGAAUGACAUGCUACAUUCCUAGUGUUUUUUAGCGAGGGCGAUCAGGUAGCGCCAAAUCUCAAAAAGGAUUAAUAAAAGCUCUUUGGUGUAUUUGCAUUUUUUUCCCCACAACAAUGGUAAGUUUUUUUCCCACAUAAUUUUAUUGUUGCAAAUCUUCACAAGGACAUUCAUACAUUUGAUCUUAACCUUGUAUAUAACACAUCAGUGCAAAAAAUUCACUUAAUAGAAUUUGUAUAAAUCUGAAAUAAAUACACGGAUGAAACAAACCAAAUAUAACAUGGUCGUCGUUAUUACAAACAAGUUGCAGCUGCUUUUCAUGGCUUCAUCCCCGGAAAGCAAGCUCAUUUCUUCCUAAUCUACCUUAAAACCCCCCAAAAGGCUUCCCUGUGGAGCGCACUUGUAUCUUUUUAAGCUUUUUUUUGCCAGAGGUGUCUUACUGUACCGGCCGAUAAAUAAUAAUGCCUGCUCAACGCGGGAAACAUAAGGGCAUCACUUUUGACGCGAACAAAAACAUUCGGUCCUCUUCUAGUUUGGUUCCUUGUAGUGAUCCCUGAAAGUCAAUGUCGUCACUCGGCUAGUUGCCGGUAUUUACCCGUGCGCGGGCAAAGGGAAAGAGGUCUGUACU